AUGAAUUAUUAAAAAUUUCGUUAAAACGUAGAUUUCUACUUAAAACCUCAUAAAGAAAAGCUGGAAAGUCCAAAAGAAAAAUCAUUUGUAUCUCCUAUUAGGAUAAAAACCUAAAAUAGUAAUUAAGAAUCAGGAAACAAAUAGAAAGUAAUCCCUAUCUCAAAUAUGAUGGACAGGAUCAAUAGAGUUAUUUUGGAUCAGAGAGUCAAAUCUCCAAUAACUACAUAGAGGAAAGUUGGAUAAUAGAAUAAGGAGAAUCAUAUGGAAUGUUUUUUGAAGAGAUAGGGGUGUUUAUCCAAUUAUUAUAAAUAAAAAUGA